AAGAGGGCGCUUUCACAAAUAAUCGUGUCAUUCCCGAUUCAGACUUGAGCCGAACAUUUAAUUGGCAGGGCCUGUGUCAACAAACGAAUAAGUCAUUGCUGCCAUUCUCAGAUUUUCAAAGAAAUUCGCAAGGCGGAUUCCAGGAUUCCCUUUGGUUUCACUCGCACUUAUGAGAGAAAUUUGCAAGACUUGAGGAAUCUGUGUUGUCUCAUUGGCGUGGUACCAAAGAAGUCAGGAUGUCGAUACAAAACCGGCUUGUUUUUGCAAUAGUUGAGUUCUUGGACCAGCAAGUCCGAUCUAGUGCAGUGACAGGAGAGGCCCUCGAAAGCCUUGAAGUCGGCCUGCAGUGCCUUCAGACUGCGUAUGGAAUAAACUUAGAUGAUCCAACGCUUGUUUCACAACUAAAGACAGACAGAUCAUUACUAGAGAUGUUCACAUCGGCCGUAGGAGGCCAACAGCCUGAUGUAACACAAGGAGCGCCAUCAAGUGCAGGGGCAUGUUCAGCUGCAUCAGGUCCAGAGAUAUCAGAAGCAGACAAGGCACUAGCAGAAAAACUAAAAAAUGAAGGCAAUGAGCUGAUGAAGAAAGAACAAUUCCAUGAAGCAAUAGAGUUGUAUACGAAAGCUAUCAAUCUCAACUCACAGAAGUCAGUGUAUUACAGUAAUCGUGCAGCAGCAUACAGCAAGAUAGAGAAUCACGAAAAGGCCCUCGAGGAUUGCCAGAGAGCCGUUACUAUAGACCCCACCUAUAGUAAAGCUUAUGGAAGGAUGGGUCUGGCGUAUUCAAGCAUGAAUGAUUACCAGAAGGCCCGUGAUGCGUACACAAGAGCAGUAGACCUGGAGCCAGGGAACAGUUCUUACCAGGCCAACCUAGAGAUUGCAGAGCAGAAACUCAGAGGGGCAAGUUUAGGGGGUGGUGGAAUGCCAAAUGUAGGAGGUAUCAACCCGACGUUAGGAGGCAUGGAUAUGUCACAACUUCUCAACAAUCCAGCUAUUAUGAAUGCAGCAACCUCAUUUCUGCAGAACCCACAAAUGCAACAGAUGAUGCAGUCUUUCAUGGGUCAAGCAAUGCAGCCCAGUGGACAGACUGACCAAGAUGGGACUGGCAGCGGCGGUGGUGGUGGUGGUGGGAUGGCCAACCUUUUAUCUGUAGGGCAGCAGUUAGCAACUCAACUCCAGCAGACCAACCCCGAGCUGGUAGAACAGGUGCGACAGAUGAGGAACAGAGGGACGGAUCCUAACAGUACAAAUAAUAAUCAAGAAGGAACAAAUAGUAACAACCCAAAUCAACCUCCUCCUCCGCCAUCAUCAUCGUAGUGGGACUCUGUUAUAGAUCAGAAGUAUUGUUAUGAAGAAUUCCACCUGUAAUAAUGGCUGCCAAAUCCCUUAAUGACCAAGGAAUACUCCUCCAUUUUUGAUGACUGUUGCCUGACAUUGCACCAAAACAUACAGCUCAUCUUGUAGUACUCAGUGAACAGUUCAGAUGGCUUAUUAUCUCUUGGUCUCCAACCAGUUGGUCAGCUUCUCAGGUAGUCUCAUGCCACGUGGGCUAAACCCAUUUGGUCUACCAUCACUUUGGUCUAAUUGCUAUUUGGUCUUAUACUACCAUUGGUCUUAUACUGACUUACUCUAAUUAUUAUUUAGUCUAAUGCCCAGGUGGUCUAAUCUCCACUCUGUUGACUUAUUAUUUCGUACUAUUUCAGAUGAAAUAUUGGUUCAUAAACAGUUCAGGGGCCCAUCUUAACAAGAGUUCCGAUUGAUCCAAUCAGCCACAACUAUGGACGGCCAGCAACAUCAACACUGAAAUGCACAUUUGUUCAAAAUAUUUUCUAUAUAUGAUGUACAUAGGCAUACAUUAAUAGUUCUGUUGAAGAGUCAGCGUUUUUCCCUUUGUUUACUGUUAAGGAGAUUGAGCAAAAUUCCUUUAGAAAAAAAUGUUAUGGAUGGAUUUCCAUACAGUUGAGAUUGAUUGGAUCAAUUAGACCAUCUAGAUGCUAGCUUUAAUGGCCCAUAUUCUGAAGUCGGGUUUAACUUAAACUCAGGUUUAAAGAUGUGGUUUAAGUAUGGAUAGCC